AUGGAAAACAACGAUGACGAUGAUGCAAAGCUCAAAGAAGAAAUAGAAGCUGAACUGGAUACAAUCACCAUUUCCUCCUUGGAAAAAGAUGAUGUUGAUAGUGAUUCAAAAUCAGAAACCCAGAGUGAUAACAGUGAUACAGAUUUGGAUGAAUUACCUGAGUCAGUUCUUCACUGUAUUAAUAUCAUAAAGAAUAAGAGUAAAACUGCUGAACAACUCAUUCUUCAGGACUUGGAAGAUACUGAUGUUUUAAGCCAUAGUUACGGAGCGGUUUCUAAUAAUCAUAUGCAUUUAAGGAUAGAAUUAGCAACUGAAUAUCAAGAAAAUCCUGAGCAAUUAAUGAAGAUAUUAUCUGAAAUAGAAAAGGAAGAAUUUCUGAGAAGUAAAACUCAUUGUGCCAGUCAUGAUUCUGCUCCAGAGCCUGACCCUCGUGAUUUGCCUAUGGAUGAGCAUGUUUUCCCAGAUGAUACUGAUAUCAAUUUUGGAUACUGUGAAGUGGAAGAAAGAUGUAGGCAGUCUUUUGAGGCUUGGCAAGACAAACAGAAAGAACUAGAAGAUCAAGAGAGAAAAACUCUUAUAGCUCAGAAGGAUAGAGAAGAAAAGCAAUUUCAAGAAGAAGAAGAAAAAAGACAUUGCUGGUUGAAACAAUUUGAAGUUGAAAAGAAGAAAUUAGAGAAUAUUCAGAAGCAAGAGCAAGACAAGAUGAAUGAUGAACUACAGAAAGAAGAAAAAAUGUGGGAGGAGAAAUUUAAACAGCACGAGGAGUUUAUUAAAAACUUGCAUUUACAAAUGGAACAGGAAAGAACAAGAUUUAAAGACAUACAGGAGAAAGAAAAAAUGCGUUUGUUAAAACUGCAGCAUAAUGCAGCCAAAAAAAUCCAAGCUAAUUAUAAAGCAUUUGUAUCUUACCAAAAAUAUAACCCAAUCAUAAAAGAAUUGGUAGAAAAUAAGAAAAAGAAAGAACAAGAGUGGAAGGAAAAGGAAGCAAAAAUCCGACAGAGGGAAGAAGAAAAACGAAUAAGGCUAGAAGAGGAACAAAGGAUAGAAGAAGAGAAAAAAAUGCAAAAGCAAGAGGAACUUAAAAAGAGUCAGAAAGAAUAUGAAGAAAAAAAGAACAUUCUGAGACUAGAAAGAGAAAAAGUAAGAAGCAGAGAAGAUGCAAGCAAACAGCUAACAAGUGAGACAUUAAAGAAGGGAGAACAUAACACUGAACAUUUAACUAUUGAAGAUGCAUCAAAGAAUAAGAAUGAUAUAGCCAAAAAGCUAGUGGAUGAGAAAUCAAAGAAUCAGGAAGAUAUUCCCCUCUGGCUAGUAAUAGAUGAGAAAUCAAAUACGAGGGAAAGUGUAGGUAGACAGCUGGUAUUGAAAGAACCAGUACAAGAACAAUUAAAAGAGUAUAUAUCAAACCAACCAAUUUUGGUAGAAUUAAAAGAGGAAGAAAAAAAUGAAAAUCUAACAAAACAACAAUAUUCAGAAAAAUUGAUCAAUCUAAAAAGAAAAUAUGAAAAUAUAGACAAACAACUUGAAUUGGAAAGCUCAGAUCUAAAAGAAAAUGUGAAAGAACAGUUUAAGCUACAAGAAUUAAAAUCUCAAAUACAAAAAGAGGGAAAACUGAAACAUGCCAUAGAUGAGAACGUGGAACAAGAAACACAAAUAAUAAUACUAGAAAAUAAUCAAGACAUUAAUGAGGCCAAAAACAAUGAAGCACAGAAAAUAAUCAAAGAUAACCAACAGAAAAAGGUAAAAGAAGUAGAAGAAGAAAAGAUACCAGAACAGAAUGGAACAUUACAUGAAGAGAGUAAUAUUUCAAUGAUUUCAAUGGAACAAAAACUACUACUACUAGAAUUAGAAAAUUCUGAAAAUGUAGGAAAAGGUGUAGUACUACAAGAGGAAGAAAUCAAUUUAAAAUCUAAUAAAAUUGAGGAGAAUUCAAAAGGCAAUGCUUUGAAUAGUGACAUUGUGAUUUUUAACACCAGUGACACCAUAAUUAAUAUAGAAAGCACAAUAAACAAGCACCAUUAUAUUUUAGACAGAAAAGCUCUUUGUGAAAACUCAAGUGGCUGUAAUGCAAAAAGCUCCUUGGUUUCUAAAGAAACAAACUCUGUUAAAUCUGAGAUUAAAGAAAUUCCAGAAGAUUGCCAUGAGAAUAGAUCUGAACUUGAAGGUAGCGUGACCUGCUCUAUACCAGAGCCGACCCUUCUGUCUUCUAUUGAAGAAAAGAGGCUAGCUUGGAUAAAAUCAUUUAAACCCUGGUUUGAAAUUUUCAAGAAACAUCAACAAAAGAACGUUGUUAAAAGAAAAAGAUCUGUGAAAUGUCCAGCCAAUACCUUACCCCCUUUGAAUACACUAGAAAUUCUUCAGUGUGGCCCUUGGAAUACAUUACAGCAGGUUACAACAGUUACUUUUCAAGAUUUGCCAGGUUGUAGUCUCUCUACACUGGCAGAGUGUACAAAUCUUCAGUUUCUGUCUCUUCAACGCUGUGGAUUAACUUCUUUGCAAAGCCUGGGUAACUGCAAAAACCUGAAGUACAUUGAUGUACAGGAAAACCAUAUUGAGACUAUCAACUGUGAAAAUUUGGAAAAUCUUUGCAUUCUUCUUCUUAAUAAAAAUCAACUUAAUUCUUUGCAUGGUUUGGAUGGUUGCACUAAUAUUCAGAAUCUUGAACUUUCGCAUAAUAAAAUCACUCGAAUUGGUGGUUUAGAAUCUUUGAAGAAUCUUCAGCAACUAAUUUUGGACCAUAAUCAGUUAAUUAGUACAAAAGGACUUUCUGAUACUCCUACCAUUAUAUACCUGGAUUGCUCACAUAAUCAUCUAACUGAAGUUCAGGGCAUUGCAAAUUGUGGAUUGCUCCAAGUUUUGAAGUUACAGGGAAAUUAUCUAAGUGAGCUUCCAUCACUGGAGAAUCAUGUUCUACUAAGAGAAUUGCACUUGGAUGAUAACAGCAUUUCAACUGUGGAAGCAUUUUCUUCAUACUGGCUGCCUUUACUACAAAAUCUUACUGUCUCUCAAAACAGUUUAACAGAAAUUAUACCACUUUUUCAUUUUAUUUCUUUGGAAAAACUGGAUGUCAGCAACAAUUGUCUUUCUGACCUUACAAGUGUCAUAAAGUGGUUUGAUGCCUGCUUUUCUCUCCGUGAAUUGUCUCUCAUUGGAAACCCACUUCUUCAAGAGAUAAACUGGAGGCAUUCUCUACUUAAAGUAUUGCCUGCUCUAAGAAUCCUCAAUGGUGAAGUGCUUCACUCUUAUCCAGAAAGACACACUAAAGAACAAUAUCAACUAGAAUCAGGAUGCUUCCUGGCACUUUGUCAGUCCCAGAUUCUAGAAUUCAACUUACUGAUUGAAAACUGUAUCUCUGGAAAAGGGAAUAUAUUCUCCUUGGAUGGUGCAGAAAAUCUCUGCCAUUAUUUUAAGAAAUUGAUGUCGCUUAGUAAUGAAUACCGCUAUGCACAUGAAAAUCUGGAUGUAAGUAUCUUGGAGAGAGAUGAAUCAGAAGCCCAGCAAAGUCAUUUGUCCCCCACACAGACUGACAGCCUACUGCAGAAUGGGGUCCUCAACUCUUGUGCAAAUGAGCAUAAACCAGACUCAUCAGACAUUUCCAAGAAAUGGAUCAACUCUGGUUCUAGUUACUCCCCAUUAACUAAUUCCUCCAUAUGUAACAGUAUGGAAGGAAGGAAUCAAGAAAAAACAGUAGAUCAGAAAAGAGAAGACACUCAGGCAAGCAGCAUCGCCACUAAAAGAAUUCCGUUCACAGAAACAGUAAUGACAACUUCUCUGGUGAGGAAUUGCCAAAAUAUUCAACAUAAUGAAAAAAUUAUGGCAGCUAUGAUAAUCCAGGCAUACUGGCGUGGUUACAUUGUGCGCAAACAGAUUAAUUUUUCUACAAGGCUACAUACUGCUGCAACAGGACUCCUGACAUCCCAGCCAAAUUCCCACAUCAAGAGUCAGACUAUUUUAAAGGCAGAAAAAACAGAACAUAUCACGAGUACCCAAGGACAGAGGGAGAAGGCUGCUAUUCUCAUUCAGGCAGUUUGGAAGGGCUUUCUUUUGCGAAAAAAACUGACAACAGCUCUAGAAGCUAUUAAGAAUGAAGAAUCUGAAGAAGAGUAUGAAGAAAUAGAUUUAGAGGAUUUUUCAUUUGAUGAAGGUGCCUUAGAGAAAGAAUGGCUAGCUUUAGAUUCCACCCGCUUCCCUUCACAAACACAGCUUCUACCAAACCAGCUGCCCUGGCCAAAGUACUCUGGAACCUUAAAAUAUGAUGACACUUCACUUAAUUUACCAAGUCAUCCAGCUCGAGCAUGGCUGUGCAAUGAGAAAGAAAAUACGUUCUCACCAGAACACACACAACUUAAUAGCAGAUCAGAAAAUAGAACUUUAUCUUGGACAUCUGAAUCAAAGACCAGUAGAAAAAGUUUGCUAAAAUCUGAAAAAGAAGAAAAAAUUUCAGAAGAAUGGGGCUUUAAGGAUAUCUCUACUGCUCAGCAAAUGCUGAAGAGAGCUCAGAAAAUGAAGUCAAAUAAGUUAAGGAAAAAGAAAGAUCCUGCUGUGCGCCUAGCAUUAUUCAAAAACAAUGAAAGUAAACUUUCUGUUACAAAAUCACCAAAGAAGACACAGCCAAGAAGAGAUGAUUACUUUGAAGACCGAGAAGAAGCAUUUUCCUGCAAGGAUACCACUGCAAAUGAAAAAAUAGAAAGGAGUAGAGAAUAUACAUACCAAUGGCUUCACACACAGGUUGGGGUUCAUGAAACAACUAGUUCCAGAAAUAUGAAAUGCAAUCACUUCUUGCCUGAGUUAGAUCCAGAGGUACUUAAUGGUGGAAGAGUUCAGCUUGUGGCAAGACUUGUAAGCAGAGAAGACAGGGAUUUAGACCUUUUUUCCAUGACCAGUGGAAGUGCUUUGUCUGUGAACAGAGAAAAAAAAAAUCAAGCACACAGACACUCAGCAGGAUCUUCAAGUAAGUUGUGGUUUCCUUCAGAAUUAAUUUAG